AUGAAACCCAAAGGAACCUCGUUGCGGCGUAACCCUCUUAGCGACGCGCCACAUCGGAACCCGGGUGUGGUGUCAAAUGGGCAAGGGUCGGGCCGUCACCCCCUUGGUGGUGCGCCGUAUCUUGAUCUGGAUACGGUGAUAAGUGAGCAAGGGUCGGGUCGCCGCAUCCUUAGUGGCACGUUGCACCGACGCCACGGUGUAGUGAAAAAUGAGCAAGGGUCUCCGCAUUUGACUCGACGAGUGCGGAGGGUAAGGAAGUUAGCCGAGCCUAGGAGGAUACGCUUAGGUACCUGGAAUGUAGGGUCCCUGAUGGGUAAGUUACGGGAGUUAGUUGAUACGGCGGUGAGGAGGCGUGUUGAUGUCCUGUGUGUCCAAGAGACCAAAUGGAAGGGACAGAAGGCGAAGGAGGUGGAGGAUACCGGUUUCAAGUUGUGGUACACGGGGACAACUUCAAACAAAAAUGGAGUAGGCAUCUUGGUCAAUAAGAGCCUCAGGGAUGGAGUUGUGGACGUCAAGAGGCAAGGGGACCGGAUGAUCCUUGUCAAGCUGGUCGUUGGGGACUUAGUCCUCAAUGUUAUCAGCGCCUAUGCCCCACAAGUAGGCCACAAUGAGAGCACCAAGAGGGAGUUCUGGGAAGGCCUAGAGGACUUGGUUAGGAGGGUACCUAUUGGUGAGAAGCUCUUCAUAGGAGGAGACCUCAAUGGCCAUGUGGGUACAUCUAACACAGGUUUUGAAAGGGUGCAUGGGGGCUUUGGCUAUGGCAUCAGGAACCAAGAAGGAGAAGACAUCCUGAGCUUCGCUCUAGCCUAUGACAUGAUUGUAGCUAACACCCUCUUUAGGAAGAGAGAAUCCCAUCUAGUGACGUUCAGUAGUGGCCUACACUCUAUCCAGAUUGAUUUUGUCCUCUCUAGAAGAGAAGACAGACGCGCCUGCAUCGAUUGUAAGGUGAUACCUGGAGAGAGUGUGGUCCCUCAACAUAAGCUGAUGGUUGCUGAAUUUUGCUUUAGGAUCCGUGUCCAGCGGGGUAAGCGCGCCAAAGUCGCUAGAACAAAGUGGUGGAAGCUCAAGGGUGAGGCAUCCCAGGCUUUCAGGGAGAGGGUUAUUAAGGAGGGCCCUUGGGAGGAAGGAGGCGAUGCAAACAUGAUGUGGACGAGUAUGGCGACCUGCUUGCGGAAGGUCGCUGUAGAGGAGUUUGGGGUGACUAAGGGAAGUAGAAGGGAAGCUAAGGAUACCUGGUGGUGGAACGUUGAGGUCCAGAAGGUUAUUAGGGAGAAGAAGGACUGUUUUAGAUGCCUAUAUCUGGACAUGAGUGCAGCUAACAUGGAGAAGUACAAGGUGGCGAAGAAGGCUGUAAAGCGGGCGGUGAGUGAAGCAAGGGGUCGGGCGUAUGAGGACCUCUACCAACGUUUAAACACGAAGGAAGGCGAAAGGGACAUCUAUAAGAUGGACAAGUUUAGGGAGAGGAAGACAAGGGAUGUCAACGAAGUCAAAUGCAUCAAGGACGGAGAGGAUCAGCUUCUUGUGAAGGAUGAGGCGAUCAAGCGUAGAUGGCGGGAGUACUUUGACAACCUUUACAAUGGAGAGGUUGAGAGCUAUACCAUUGAGCUAGACGACUCCUUUGAUGAUACCAGCAUGUGCUUUGUGCGACGUAUCCAGGAGUCUGAGGUUAAGGAGGCGUUAAAGAGGAUGAAAGGAGGCAAGGCGAUGGGUCCUGAUGGAAGUUGGAGUGGUGAACGGGACACUGUUGCCAAGAGAGGCCGGACUACUGAGAAUCCACCCCGCCGGACUAGUGGUCGCGCACCUCCUGCAGCUCAUCAGACUACUGACACUGGCAGCUCGGAGAGGAGAAUAACCAAGUCAGUUGGUGGUAAGAAAAAGGAUAAGCAUGCCGCCCAAGAAGACCGCACCAUGACUUGGAUGACUGGCAAGGAGAAGUACUCCUGCGCCUACACACAGUUCUGUGCGGCUUUGGGUUGUGUUGGUGACCGUGCUCCAGGGUACAGAAUCCACUCUCGGUCUAAGAUGACUAGAGGUGACAUCUCCUUUUGCUACCCCACUAACCCAACAGCUGGGCCUCCCACCAUCUCCGGAAUGUACUACUCAUACCUUUCUCUUGCCAAGAUGUUCUGA